UCUGCCCUGCGUGAAUGCAAAAUUUUGGCUGUAGAUAUGGGUGUUAGAAAAGUUCUUUUGACAGCUAUCACUCUAUCUCUGGCCCUGUCAUUUGGUUUCUGUGAUGAAUGUACCUCUAGUGGUGUUGCUAACUACGCGGAGUCUUUUGACAAUGCGUCCCUUGCCGUACUAAUUGAAAUAGACGUUAUCGCCAACUCUAUACUGUCUGGUGUUUAUAACUCCACUCUCAAUGGUACAGGAAACAGCACCGAGCUUUAUCAAGCUUUGGCUUCUGCUUUGAACGUCGAAUUUUCAGACAACGGUGUUGCGAGUUUUGAGGACGCCCUAGAGCAGAUAACAAAUUCAUAUUUUCAGUCAUGUUAUGGUGUUUUAGAGGAACGACCCACUCCGAGUGAAGUCGGGAGUCUAGUAUACAGUCUCAUUACAAAGUUACAAAAUCUUACAGCAGACAACACUGAAGUAGUUGCAGAGGUCAGAAAAAUAUUUGGUAGACUUGCCUGUCUCAUUGAUACAUACGGUAAUGAUGAACUUCGUAGUAAUUCAACUACUUCCUCUCCAGCUCCUUCAUUAUCAACUCCAGGACCAACACCUACACCUACUGCUUCACCACCACCUUCUGCACCAAUUAAUUGUUCUAAUUUGGGUGGAACAUUUAUCAAUAUUGACAUAUUUUAUGCUUGCGUGCAUUCUGAUGACCUUAGACCAAUUUUCGGAAUAGGACCAAUCACAACUAUAGGUGAGGAAACAGUGAUCUUAAAACGAUGUAUUGGAUUUGUCGUUGAUACUACUGGAAGCAUGUCAAGUGAAAUAUCAUAUGUGAGGCAGCUAAUUUUGGACUUCUUGAACUCUGAGAGUAUAGUCCCUGCUUGUUAUGCAUUAGUUGAUUUUAAUGACUAUGGCUAUUCUACCCCAGAACAAAAUGUUGGGACAGCUAAAAUAUAUGAUCCUUUGAUUGAGUACAGUACUGAAGAAUCUGCACUUAGUCUCAGUACAGGAGGAACAGUGUAUGGUGCACAAAAUUUAAGAGAUGAUGUUAACGCCCUUUAUGCUCAUUCUGGUGGAGACUGUCCUGAAUAUGGCAUGACUGGCAUCUUAAAAGUUUUAGCUGCAAUAAAGACUGUAGAGGGGAUUAUUUUACCUACGACUGGUAAUUUGCACCAUGUCAUAGUUUUGACUGAUGCUUCUGCAAAAGAUGAUUCCCGUUACCAAGAGGUCAUUAACUCUGCCAAUGCUACCAAAGCCACUGUCCAUUUCUUUUAUAGUGGAUCAUAUUGUGGUACUUUGGCCAAUUACGAAACAGUCAGAACAUCCACAGGUGGUAUCAGAGUUGACUCAAUAUCUGAUUUUGGAGCAUUUGCUACUUUCAUUAACACAUACAACAGUGCUGGAGCUUCUAGACGCAGAAGAUCAUCAUUGUUCACAGAAUGUGCCCCUUCUCAUAGCCUCAAUACUACACACUUUACUACUAGUCUGAAUAUUCUCAUCAGCACUUGCCAUUCUCAAUCGUAUGUCUACAUUACUAAACCAGAUGGAACAACACAAUCUCUUUAUGUCUCUGGUUCUCUAAUUCUGUAUUCUAUUGAUAUUCCCCCACCUGGAACAUGGAUGGCUUAUGUUUUAUCUGGCCACAUUAAAGUUUCAGUGAGUGAAUCAUCUCAUUUUAUGUUAGACAUAUCAUAUACUGCUGUGGAAGAUGGAAAUAUUGUACCAACUGCUGACUUACCACAAGCAUGCUCAGCAGGCACUAUUAUAGCAACAUCACCACAGCUACACUUGCUCUCUCCUAAUCAUACACUCUAUUUGAAUGUCCUUAAUGAUACUGGGCAACAUGUAGCACAGACUAUACUAGAAAGGUGUUUGAAUGUUUUGUCUGGAGUUCUUAGUUUUCCAUCAUCUUCAUUAGUAUUUUACCAGUUAAAUGGUUAUGAUAUUAGCAAUAAUCCAUUUUCUCUCAUUUUAUCAGGCUAUGAUGGACUAACGUUCCAACCACCUUCUUUAGACUUGACUUUGAAUGGCAUCGAAACUAUCUAUGUUGCUCCUAGUCAAACAACUCAAGUGUCUGCGACAUUACAGUACAGUGUACAGCAAGGAAAGCAAUUAGGUCUUGUGUUUCAAGGUAUCUCUUCCCUUCCCAGUCAAGCUUCUAUUAGCAUUAUUGAAAAACCUGACACAAUCGAACCAGCUGGCACAGAAACAAUCUUGUUUGAUGUAUCUGCUUCUGGUAGUUUGUCUCCUGGUUCAUCAUCACUAACACUAAAUAUCUCUAUUACUGACAGUUGUAAAUCUCACAAAACAAACUUCUCUCUUCCUCUGUUUGUGUGCAAUCCUAUUAGUCAAAAUGUUACCAACAUAACAUUUAAUGCACAUUCCUUAUUGGUAAAGUGGAAUGAGCCUUCGUCAGUCUUGGAAGAAAUUGCUACAUAUGAAGUUUCUUCAGUGUUUGAUAAUGGCACAAGCUUAAAUCGACACUUCAACAACAAUACUUUUAAUUUCACACUAAGCAAUCUUAAACCAUAUCAGCUAGUCCGUCUUAAUGUUAUAGCAUACAGCAUUUCUGGUAAUAAAGUAGGCUGUAGCUCAAUGAAAAAUUACAGAAGUGAAGAAUCAGUUCCUUCUCAAGUUUCAUUUUUGAACUACUCCUAUCCAACUAAUACUAGUAUUGAAGUCUGCUGGGGUGAACCUAUAUCACCCAAUGGAGUUUUGCUCUAUUAUCAAGUAGUUGUAAAAGAAAUUGGCAGUAUAAAUCCAGUUUUCACUGUAACUGUUGAACCACAUGAAGAAAGAUGCUUGACAUACAACACUACAGGGUCAUACCUUGUAAAUGUAAGAGCAGCAACUUCUCAAGGUCUUGGUAGUCAAACCGAACUUACAAUUUAUCCUGAAGGAUUAAUUGUAACUGAUAUUGAGGGAACGGCAUUAACAUCAAGCUCCAUACAUCUUUCAUGGUCUUCCCCAAUCCUUCCCAAUAAUUCCCAUUAUGUCAUAAGAGUGGAUGAAUUAGUAACUAGUCGUAUCUGGCACUUCUAUUCUGUGGAAAAGUUUGCUACUGUACUGUCACUCCAUCCAUAUUAUAUCUAUAUAUGUCAAAUAGCAAUUGUUGUGGAUACAACAAUAUAUCCUUUCUCACCUGCUAUUACUGUUCAAACUCUACAAUCAGCACCUACCGCUGCUCCGAUGUCUCUUAAUCAUUAUUUUAUUAGUUCACAAGAACUAAAUCUCACUUGGUUGCCUCCUCCAUUUGAGAAGCAGAAUGGACUCAUUCAAUAUUAUACUGUUGAGGUCACAGAGCUUGAGACGGGUUUGACGAACAAUACAAACUCAUAUUUAACCUCAGCACUGUUGGAGAAUCUGCAUCCAUUCUACAACUACAGAAUAAUAAUAAGAGCUGUUACCAUAGCACCUGGACCAACAUCUACUGCCUAUUACAUUACAAUGCCAGAGGCUGCUCCUUCAUCUUCUCCUUCUAAUGUCACAUCUUAUGUCAUAAAUUCAACAGCUUUAGCAGUUUUUUGGUCACCUCCUUUAUUUGAGCAUCGUAAUGGAAUAAUCAGAGAAUAUCUGGUUGAAGUAUUUGAAGUGGUGACUGGAAGCACAAUAAGUGUUUCUGUUUCAGGGUUAAGUACAACUGUCACUUCAUUGCACCCCAACUAUCAGUAUUAUGUGACCAUUAGAGCACUGACUGUUGCUUAUGGCCCAAUCUCAAAUACUUUAAUUCUUCAAACAGAAGAAGAUGUACCCAGUGGUUCACCUGAGACAUUCAAUGCGACAAUUGUGUCUCCUUAUUCAGCUUACCUGAUGUGGGAUCCUCCACCCAUUGAUCAACAGAAUGGUGUUAUCAUUGGGUACACUAUUAAUGUAACAAUCUUAGAGACUAGUGAGGAUUUUCUCUUGUUUUCUAAUACUACAUCACUCUUUGUGGAUGACCUAAUACCUUUCAGAACAUUUCAAUGUAUCAUUGCUGCUGUCACUAACGUUGGUAUUGGACCUUUCAGCUCUGUAUUUGCAAUAACUACUCCUGAAGAUGCACCAGCUAGCUCACCAAUCCAAGUCAGAACAGUGGCAGUACUAUCAGACAGCUUUUCACUUCAGUGGGAUCCACCUUUAUAUGAAGAUCAAAAUGGCAUUAUUACACAUUAUAUUAUUCGUGUGUUAGAAGUUGAAACUGGUCUUGUUACCCAAUACACAUCAUAUAGUUUGUAUCUCACUCUUUCUUCCCUUCAUCCUGCCUAUACCUAUACAUGCAGUAUUGCUGCUUUCACUGUUGCUCUUGGACCAUUCACAAUUGAAUUGAAUGUGACAACUAAUGAAGAAGCUCCCAGUCAGCCACCUCAAGAUUUGUCUCAAGAUAUGCUCACAUCCUCUUCUGUGUCUUUAUCAUGGAAUCCUCCACCGUUUGAUGGUCAAAAUGGAGCUAUAACAUCAUACCAGCUAAACAUAACAUCCUUGGCAACUGGAUACAGUUUUGUUCAUACUAGCAAUAUUACUUCAACCUAUAUCAGUGGAUUAAGUCCAUACACAACAUAUUCAUGCAUAGUAGCUGCUGAAACAAGUAUUGGAAGAGGGCCAUACACUACUAUCCUCACUUUCACAACUGAUGAAGAUGCUCCAAAUUCCCCUCCAGUAGUGACAACAUACUUUGUUAUUGAUUCACGUUCGAUUGCUAUUCAAUGGACUCCUCCAACACUUGCUGAUCAUAAUGGCAUUAUCAGAAAGUAUGUUGUUAGACUUCAAGUGUCUGGUACAACUGACACAAUGACUUAUAAUACGACUGGAACAACUGCUAUCAUUGGUUCUCUCAUUCCAUCAUACUCAUACAAAAUUGCUGUGGCAGCUUACACCAUAGCUAUAGGACCAUUUACAUCACUCAUGAAUUUGACUCUGCCAGAAGAUGCUCCAAGUGGGUAUCCCCAAGACUUAUCAAUAAAUUCCACCACCCCAUAUUCAAUCACUUUGACCUGGGCUUCUCCACCACCUGAUGAAAGAAAUGGGGAAAUUGUUGCUUAUGUUGUUAAUAUAACUCACUCUGACACACUUGUGACAAUGCAGUAUCAUACAAAUGUCGCUACAAUACAUGUUACUGGUUUAGAUCCAUACACCACUUAUGUUUGUGUGGUAGCUGCUGAAACAUCAGUUGGUAUUGGACCAUUUAGCCAUUUGUUUUUUGUGCAAACUGAUGAAGCAGCUCCCGGUAGCCCACCACAGCAUCCUAAUGCUAUUGCACUUAGUCCAACUAGCAUUCAUAUUUCAUGGGAUCCACCUAUCCUUCAGGAUCAUAAUGGAAUAAUUAGAGAAUAUCGUGUCAAUGUCACUGAAGCUGCCUCAUUGAGCAUCACUGAACAUGUUGUCAAUCAAACACAACUAAUUGUCACCGGUCUCAAACCUUUUCAUGCUUAUUACUGCUCCAUACAAGCAGUGACAGUUGAUGAAGGCCCAUACACAGUUUCUGUAUCAGUUCUUACAGAAGAAGCUGCUCCUUCAUUGCCACCUGAUUCCUUGGAGGUAGUUGUCACUAGCUCACACUCUGCAGUUAUAUCAUGGGAUCCUCCACCAGCUGAAAGCCACAACGGAAUCAUCAGGGACUAUCUGGUAGUGAUUCAUCAUGUUUUAACAGGAACUGAUGAUUCAUUUACUGCUUUUGGCAAUGUUUUAAAUGUGUCUAGUCUCAUUCCUUUUACUCAAUAUAAAAUUAAAGUAGCAGCCGUUACAGUUGAAGCUGGACCAUUUACUAUAGAGCAAAACAUCACUACUUUCCAAGAUGAGCCAACAAGCCCACCUGAGUUAUUCAAUGCUACUGCAAGUGAUUCAUCACAACUGUUUCUUCAAUGGUUUCCUCCCACUAUUGAAGGAACUAAUGGCAUAAUCCAGUAUUAUAAUGUAACAAUCACUGAAAUUGAGACUGGUAUAGUGACCGAUUAUGCGACUUCAGCAUUUGCUAUUGUCAUAAAUGAUCUACAUCCAUUUUUCACUUACAAAUGUACUGUAGCAGCAGUUACAAUUGGAAAAGGACCAAUAGCUAGUUUAGUUAUUCAAAUGCCUGAAGAUGCUCCAUCUAGCUCUCCAAACAAUUUUAUAAAUACUGCUGUAACUUCAAGCAGUUUAUCCCUUUCUUGGGAUUCAUUGUCACUUGAACAUCAGAAUGGGAUUGUUCGAUAUUACAUUAUCAAUGUCACUGAAAAUGAUACUGGGUCUCACUUUCAGAUACUAUCUUAUAAUUUAUAUGCUACACUAAGCAAUCUUCAUCCAUACUACACUUACAGUGUAUCAGUUGCUGCGUACACAAUAUCUCCUGGACCAUUCUCUUCUCCUCUUAUUCUGACUACUGCUGAAGAUGUUCCUUCAAGUUUUCCAGUUAGUUUAAAUGUAGCAAAUGUAAAUUCUUUUGAAGUUGUUAUUGAGUGGUUGCCUCUACCAUUAUCUGAGAGAAAUGGAAUCAUUGUUGGAUACAAUAUUAGCAUUGAAGACUCAACAGCACCUGGCUCUGCAUUCUUUUUGCUAACAUCAUCACUAAGCAUUACUAUUGGGUCACUAGAGCCCUACACAACAUAUCAAUAUAGAGUUGCUGCUUAUACAGCUGUGGGAUUAGGACCUUAUUCAGACCAACAGUUUUUUCAAACACUGGAAUCAGCUCCAUCUCAGGCUCCAGAGAUGCCAACAAUUCUAGAUAUCACCAGCACUUCAUUAACUUUAACAUGGCAAUACCCAUCAAUUGAAAGUUAUAAUGGAAUUAUCAGAAAAUUUAUUGUUAAGCUAAUUGAUGGAAAAAGUGGCGUACAGUCAUUCUACAAUGUCACUAGCACAACAGUGACUUUAUCAGACCUGAGACCACAUCAUACUUACAAUAUAAGUGUAUCAGCAUUUACCACUGCAGUUGGUCCUUAUAGUGAAAAUAUUCCAUUCUCAACUGAUGAAGCAGUACCUACUGCACCACCAAAUGCUCUUUCUAUAGUAGCAAUAAAUGCAUCAACUCUGAAUUUAUAUUGGUCACCUCCUAAUGCUUCCAGAAUUAAUGGGAUUAUUCGACAUUAUAUUAUCAAUGUAUCUGUCAUGGAAACAUUGGAGCAGUUUCAAUACACUACGCUGACCAAUAAUUUUACAAUUCACAACCUUCAUCCAUAUUACACAUACACUGUUCUCGUAGCUGCUUUUACAAUUGGUAUUGGGCCAUUUACUUCAGGAUCAAGUGUCCAAAUGCCACAACAUGUUCCUAGUGGUCCUCCUCAGAAUGUCACUGGUGUAGUAAUCAAUUCAACUGCCAUACAAGUUUCAUGGGAUCCACCACUCACUCAUACACAAAAUGGUGUAAUUACAUCAUACACAAUUUCUGUGCUAGAGCUAAUAACAAGCAAAACAUUGUCAUUUCAGCAGAAUCCAUUUCAUAGCAAUUACAUAAUCAAUGGACUACAUCCAUACUACAGGUAUGAAAUUACUGUGGCAGCUAUUACUGUGGGUAUAGGCCCAGGAGCUAGUACUACCUUGACAACAAAGCAAGAUUCUCCUACUGGACCACCACUAAAUGUCACAGUCAAUGUUACAAGUUCAACAACAGCCUUUCUUCAGUGGUCGCCCCCUAGCAAUGAUGUUCAAAAUGGCAUCAUUUUAUACUAUGAAAUUGUUCUUUAUAACUUUCACACAGGCCUUCAAGUCAUAAAUGUUACUCAGCAAACUAGUGUGCUUUUGACUGGACUGCAACCAUUUUAUACUUAUAACUGCAGUGUCAGGGCACUCACCAUUGGACAAGGCCCAUUGUCAGCAAGUUUACAAUUUCAGAUGUUUGAAGAUGUGCCAUCUGGCUCUCCAAUGAAUCUCAGUGUAACUUCAAUUACUUCAACAAGUGCUGUUCUUUCAUGGUACCCUCCACAGGCUGUAGAUCAUAAUGGUAUUCUGACAGAUUAUACAAUCAGAGUGAUCAAAGGGCAAAAUUCAGAACCAACUGUCCUGACUACAGCAAAUACUUCUUUAAUUGUUACAUCUCUUGAGCCAUACAGCCAAUACAGUUAUACUGUUUCUGCCAGUACUAGUCAAGGACAAGGUCCCUUCUCAAAUUAUUUGUCAUUUCAAACUAAUGAAGAUGCUCCAUCUUCUGCUCCAUAUAAUCUCUUGGCAACUUCUAUAACAUCAACUUCAUUUAUUUUACAAUGGCAAGCACCAUCUAGUAGCUCGCUCAAUGGAGAACUAACUGGUUUCAAUGUUAUCAUUGAAGAAUUAAAUACUGCUACUACAUAUCAAAACUUUACAAAGACACCAUCUAUUUUGCUGAGUUAUCUUCAUCCUUACUACACAUACAAUUGUUCAGUUACGAGUAUAACCAUCUCAGCUGGCCCAUAUAGUGAUAAAAUUAUGGUACAAACUUCUCAGGCUGCUCCUAGUGGUCCUCCACUUGCAGUAACCAUUACCUCAUUGAGUUCUCAAAAUGCUACUGUUUCUUGGAGUCCACCAUCAGUAAAUCAAGCUAAUGGUCUCAUUCAGUACUACACAUUAGUUUUAUAUGAAGUACUAACAGGAAAAGCUUAUACCUAUCAAACAAAUGAAACAUCAUUAGUUAGCAGCAAUCUUCAUCCCUACUAUACCUAUAGUGUUUCAGUGGCAGCUACAACAGUAGCUAUUGGACCUUAUUCCACAAAUCAAACCUUCUCCACUCUAGAAGACAUUCCUGUAGGAACUCCACAGAAUUUGAUGAUCAGCACCAUUAACUCUACCAGUCUUCUAUUUCAGUGGAGCUCUAUUAUUCCAAAUAUGACAAAUGGAUUAAUAACGUCAUAUACAAUAAAAGUUUUUGAGGUUGAAAGCAAUUUAACAUCUUCACUAUUGUACACUACUAAUUUGAAUGUUAUUGUAUUAAAUCUUCAUCCAUAUUACAACUAUCAUUUGUUUGUUGCUGGCACAAAUGUAAUUGGUACUGGUCCUUUUGCUCAAUCUGAGGGACAAACAGAGGCAGCUGCUCCCAGUGCUCCUCCACAAAAUUUGUCAUCGAUUGUUUUGAGCUCUUCUGAAGUUAAUGUAAAUUGGCUGCCUCCUCCUGCCACCCACAUAAAUGGCCCUCUAUCUCAUUAUCUGGUAUCGCUUUCCUCUAAUCAAGUUUUUGGCAGUUUUGAGUAUAACAGCACUAUGCCAUCUAUAAAUAUUACUGAUCUUCAUCCAUUUUAUUAUUAUAAUUGUUAUGUAACUGCAGUGACAGUAGGCUUUGGCCCAAGUGCACUCAUAUCUUUUCAAAUGGCAGAAGAUGCUCCAUCUGGUCCUCCAAGAAAUUUUUCAGUGGUUCCUCUGAAUUACAGUUCACUUUUUAUAUCUUGGCUUCCUCCUCAUAACUCCUUUCAAAAUGGCAUUAUUAGGAGCUAUGACAUUCAUUUUCAGCACAAUGCAACAAAGCAUACAGAUAUCUACACAGUGUCUAAUGCAACAACACUGAUAAUCAAUGAUUUAAAACCGUACUCAACAUAUGUCCUUAGUGUUGCUGCAUUUACAGUUGGUUUAGGACCCUUUACCACAACGCUCAGCAUACUAUUACCAGAAGCAGCUCCGUCAGUACCUCCUAUAAAUUUUAUUGCUCAAUUCAUUGGCAAUAACUCAGGUAUACACUUCACUUGGGUUCAGCCACAAAGUGACCAGUUAAAUGGCAUCUUACUGGGGUACAAGCUAAACUGUUCUGAACAGAAUGGUCAUCAAGUUAAUUAUGAUAUUGUUGGAACAACAGCUUUUGUUAAUGAAAUACAUAUCAAUACUCAUUACACUUGCUACAUUUGUGCCUAUACAUCUUUUGGUUGUGGACCUGCUGCUGUUGCACAUAUAAGUACUUACCAAAAUUCUUUGGUUGGUCCCCCACAAUCAUUAACAGCUAAAAUAAACAGCACUGGAAUACAUCUUCACUGGGAAUCUCCAUUUGAUCCAUAUUCUGUUGUUACAAGUUAUGCUAUCACUUAUCAGCUUACAUCAACAAACUUUGCUGUUAGCACUCCCAGACCAACAGUCACUGUUGCCAACAUAAAUGAUACCAAUUACUUCCUUCAACCAUUACUAGUUUCGUCAACAUACGUAUUUACAAUCAUUGCUAUUACAAAUGAAAGUACAAGUCCUAUGAGUGAGCCACUGGCAGUAACAACUAAUCCUUCAGAUUUAAAAUCUCCUCAAAAUUUGAAGUGUUCUGCAGAUAGUUCUACUAGUCUGUCAUGCACUUGGAUGGCUCCUGUAUUAUUCAACUAUGAUUUAGAAUAUUAUUUAUUCAGUUUUAGACUCUUGGAUGGCUUUGACUAUUAUCCUGGAUAUGGAACUACAUUGGGCAUUGAGACUAUAGAAUCUAAUAUUCAGGAAUAUGAUAUAGAUAAUUUAUUACCGUAUGCUGGGUAUAUAGUAGAAAUGAAGGCUAUUCUCUCACCUUUAUUUGGGUCAGGACUUUCAAGUGGAGCUGAUUUAUUGACUCCUGAAAACAUAAUGAGUUCAGUUACCACACUAAACUUCACACGUGCUGAAGUACCAUCAACAACUGUGGAGAAUAUUGAAGUUGCUGUUAUGUCUCCAAAUAGUAUACAAAUUUCAUGGAAGCCACCAAAAAGAAAAUUCUGGAAUGGACAGAUUGAUCAUUAUAGCAUAAUAGUAAUAGAACAAGGUGAUGAUGGCAUUGCAAAAAGAGCUACAGCUCCUAAAAAUAUUAAUGUAAUGCCUGAAAACAAUGACCCAGAUCCUAGUUUAGCUAUUGAGCCACUGAAACGUGAGGAUUACCUCUUGGAUGGACUUGAGGAGAAUUUUAAAUAUACCAUUUCAAUAUCAGUUGUCAAUACUGCUGGAAAUGGAUUGGCAUCAGAUCCUUUGGAACAAAAAAUGCCACAAGCAGCUCCAUCUGGUCCUCCCAUCAAUAUAACAAUACAAAGCGUAUCAUUGACUUCAAUUAACAUUACAUGGCAGCCACCUAAUCCCUAUGAUGCCAAUGGAGUUAUUACUGGGUAUAAAGUGAUCUUUACAAGAGCAGAAAUUAAUGAAAUGAUUGAAUAUACAUUACCUUCAUACACAAACUACUUUUAUAAAAAUGGUUUACAUUCUUAUGAAGAGGUUGCUAUUAAAGUUGCAGCUAAAACUGAAGUGGGCAUUGGACCUUACUCAAUUCUAAAUGUCUUUCACACAUCAGAAGACGUCCCAAAUACUCCGAGCUCACUAAAAGCUACUUUGAUCAAUGAAACUUCUGCCUUGCUUCAAUGGGAUCCAUUGUUGGCAGUUGGAAGCACUCUUGAAUAUCAAGUCAUUUAUUCUGGUUAUAGUGACACAAGAAUAGAUGGGCCUUAUGUAAAGAGAGUUGCUGAUUCAACUGCACCACAACUGACCAUAAAUAAACUUUUAGCUGGAUAUAUCUAUCAAUUUACAGUUAGAUGUAAGAACAAUGCUGGUUAUAGUGGAAAUGUCACCACUAUAUUAAGAGUUCCAGCAGUGCAAGGCACAACUAGAACUGAUACUAAUGUUGGCCUCACUCAAAACAAUAUAAUUACAAUUGCUGUGCCCAUUGGUUCCAUUAUAUUGGUUGUUCUUUGUGCAUUGAUAGUUUGUGUCAUUGUACGAGGAAAAAAAUCAAAAAGAAGUGACAGCAGAAACUUAGCUAUUGACCCACCUUUCAUCAAUCCACUGACACAGUUGCCAAUUGAUGAAAUUGGCCCUGAUGUGCCUUUAAAAUCAGUUCAGCUCAAAUCAAUUGUAUUUGAGAAUACAUAUGAGGACAUGCCAGUUAAUAGUCAUGUAAAUACAACAGAUCAAGAUGAUAUUAUUGAAGAUACUGAUGCUGAUGCUGACUGCCAUUCCUAACAAUUUAAUAGUCAUAGAAGCUGCUAAAUUUUUGCUGAAAUUAAUUUUUGCUUUAGAUUAUGCUGUUAUUUUUCUAAUUCAAUAUAUCCUGUGAUAAUUACUGAGAUGCCAUUAUGUUCUAU